CUUUUUUUAUUGUGCUGUGUUUUUGCUGGGCAAAUAUCGCGUCGGUUUUUAUUUCGUCACAGGAAAAUAACGAAGAAUCCUAAUAGGCGAUAUAACUAAGUUGUAUUUUGUGACUAACGGAAGAAUAUAACGCAAUGGGUCGCCGCUGCUGCGUGGCCAACUGUCCGUCGACGUCGCGUCUGCUGGAGCACCACGGCGUGACGUACCACUCCUUUCCCCUGGAUCCAAUCAUCCGGGCCAUUUGGAUAAAGAACUCUCGCAUAAGCCUGGAGCGCCAGAUCACCAAGAGUGUCCUCGUCUGCUCGCGCCACUUUCGUCGCCUGGACUUCAACACUAUUCGCAAUGGCAAGUACCUGCUCAAGCCGCGCGUCUUUCCCACCGUGUUCCCGUGGGGUAAGAUGGACUCCACGGAGAUCGAGGCGGACCACCGGGCACUGCAGCACGCCAGCGUGGAGGGCACCUCAGGAGCACCGGGAACUGCUCAAUCAUCAGCCAACGAGGAUGUGAUCAAGGCUACCGUUGACCAAAUAGUGGCACAAAUCCUGGCGGAAACGGCGGAACGAAAUGCCUCGGAUGCCGCGGAGGAGACCAAAACAGACAAGGAGGAUGAUUCUGCAAAACCAACUCCCGAACCCAGCGAAGAUGCAGCCAAGGCAGCUGUGGAGGAAUCACCUGCUGCUCCUGGACCCUCAAUCAGUGAUUCUGCAGCGCCGGCUGUCGAAACUGCCUCCAACUGUAACUCCCCGCUUCCCGGCUCACCGGCCAAGUACAGCAAUCCACACAACCUGACCAUCGGAGCCCGUCUGGAGGCCCUAAGCGUAGAGGGCAACUGGUUGCCCGCCCGCAUCGUCGAAGUCAACGAGACGGAGCAGACUCUCCUCGUGCGUUUUGAGCGCAAUCACAAGUUGAAGGUGUCGCCCUCGACAAGCGGCAGCUUUCAGGAGUGGAUGGCCAUCAAGUCGGAGCGGCUAAGACAGCGCCUCAGCACCCGCGUCCUGCCGGUCUUCGAGCUGGAAGAGAAGUGCAUGGCCCGCUGGUCGGGGCCGCGCAAGUUCCCCGGUACCAUCCGAAAACUGCUGGGAAACGACACCUACGAGGUACUUUUUGACGACGGGUACAUCAAGAACGUGCGCGCCGUGCACAUGAACAAGCUGCCCAAGCAGCUGCCAGCUGUCCAAGCACCGGAUGGUGGAGCUUCCAAGGUGCCCACUCCUGUUGGAACCCCAGUUGGCGCCGUUUCUCUGGCUCCCAAGAGGGCCAGCACGGGCAGCGGGAGUGGAGGCAGCGGAUUCUCGAGCAGCAAGAAGAGCAAGAGCACGCCACAGCGCAGGGAUUGGCCGCUGCUGGACAUGGCCAGUCUGGAUAUAGCAUCUCUAGGCCUCCCAGAGAUUCCGCACGACGGUGAGUGGACGUGCCACUGGGUGAACGACCAGCCAAUUGGGACAGAGGGCUUCCUGAUCGUGGGCGAGCACCAGAAGCCGACUGUUAUCGUGCAAGACUGGCGCCUGCCGCCGGGCUGGAUUAAGCACAUGUAUCAACGCUCUAAUGUGCUCGGAAAGUGGGAUGUCAUUUUGGUUUCGCCCAGUGGCAAGCGUUUCCGCUCCAAGUCCGACCUGAAAUUGUUCCUUGAGUCGCAAGACCUAGUCUACAAUCCGGAUGUGUAUGACUUUAGCAUUCACCGUCGCCGGGCCAAGGACAUCAACGCCUAUGUCUACACCCACGACUACAAUCCGCAGCCACCGCCCAAGCCCAAGUCCAUGGAUGUGUCGUUGGACUCCACGCUGGACCAAAGCAACACAACGCAACCUUCGUUGCCAUCUACCCCGAUGCCGGUAAAAGAAAGUCAGUACAUGGAGGCCCCGGUUGCCUCGCUAAUGCCCCCCGCAGAACUAAUGUCGCCGCAAGCUCAGCUUACUGAUGAGGCAAAGGCCAAGACAAACCCAGAACCAGUAGUUGUGGCCAUUGACGGGGGUCACGCUCAGGUUCAGCAAGGAGAUCCUCCUCUGGUAGAAAAUGGCUUUGCUUUUAUUGGCGGUCUAAAGGUACAAAUUCAGGAUAAUCUGUAUGUAUGUCCGCGGGAAGGCUGCGGCAAGACAUAUCGGAAGGAGGACUUUCUGCUUAUCCAUAUACGCCAUUACCACAAAGAGUUCGCCGAAUACGUGAGCCACUGCCCCAAGAUGCAGGAACUGGCAGUCAAGCGUACACAUCCCUCAUCCAUCGAACAGGUAGAUCAGGUACCCAAGAACCAAAUACCAAACCAGCAAUUCUUUGCCAAGUUGCACCAGCAGGAUUUACAGCAAUCGCGGUCAUUUAAACGUCAAUCGGUCCCAACUACGGUCACAUCCCCCGGAACACCAGGAACCCCACCUGGAAUAUCGCCUGCUAAAGGACUUUUAUCUCCAAAGAUGGAGCCACCAGGCACGAUGACGCCAACUGUUGAAAGUGGGGUUAAUCCGGAAGAUGUUUCUCUGGAGGCUGGAGCUACCUUCUCGUUGAAUCCCUCACUAAACCGCUCCUGCAAGCGGGCACGCUUAUCGCCAACGAAGCGCCCCUCUGGUUCGAGAAAGAGCAACCGCCAGCGCUCUCAACGUCGCGGCAAUUUGACUGACAGCCCGGCUAGUCAUUCCUUGAACGAACAAGAUGCAGAGGAGACGCGCCAAUCCUUUAACACGCCCACUCCGGAUGUACGCAGCGACUCAAAGAAACGCCGGGUUGGUACGGCAGCCACUCCAAUCAGCUCGAUUGACUCACCAGCCACAGCUGACUCGAUAUCCACUCCGUCCUCUAAUGACCAGGCGGACAUUAAUGCCGCUCUGGCGCCUCCACCAGCGGAUAUUCACAAUAAAGCUCCGCAGUACAUCAAGGAAAACGGGGAGCUAAUUCGAAUCGUCCGCAUGAGGCAGGAGGAGAUCAUCAACUGCAUCUGCGAGUAUGGCGAAGAGGACGGUCUGAUGAUCCAGUGCGAGUUGUGUCUGUGCUGGCAGCAUGGCGCAUGCAACGGGAUUGUAAAGGAGUCGGAUGUGCCGGACAAGUAUGUGUGCUACAUCUGUCGUAACCCGCAAAGGGGCCGCGAUUCCAUGAGGUUUAAGCAUGACCAGGAUUGGCUGUUUGAAGGCAAGUUGCCGGUGGCCGCGUACCACAGCGCAAAUCCACAGGCCAGCAAACAAUUUGAGUUACUGAAGCGGUCGCACACUCUAACCGGAAACUUACUGGACGCCAAACGAUCGAUGCACUCGCUGUUGGUAAAGAUCAACAUCGCACGCAACCGCUGUCAUCCUAAGCUGUAUCUGUGGGCUAAAAAGUGGGACGAGGACAACGUGGAUGCUUCUGCUUUGACGCCGGUGAAGCGUCCAAAGAUGGAGACUCCUGACCUUCCAAACGUUCCGCAACCAGAGGCCGCCAUCGAUCCAGAGGAGUGUCAGUACCGCUUAAUAGAGCAUGUAAAAGUGCAGCAGGCGUUGGUCACCAGUCGGCUCAACGACAUCGAGGCAGAAAUGGAUGAACUUGAAAAAGAAGACAGCCUGGAGGAUUUAAAAGAUGGGGAUAUCUCCUCCACCAAAGAGGCCCUAGCAACGUUUAUUAAGGAGCUUGAGAUGAUGAAGCGCCUUGCCAAGCUUAACCAGGUGGCCAAUCUAAAGCAGAGCCUUAAAGACUCUGCCACUAAUCAAUAACCUUUUUAUUCAAAAUAUUAAAAAGUAAUGAAAGCAAAUCCAUUACAAUUAUGGAAUUCAAGGAAUUAAAAUGAUAAUUAGAAUUUUUAAA